ACAUCCCAAAAAACUUUACGUUUUUUUUAAACUUCAACAUAUUACCAAUCUAAAUCGUCAAGAUUUUAAUUAAGUCGAUUUGAAAUAAUUAAAGCUACAAACAAUUUCAACGGCAACAACAUUGUCAAGGGGCAUGAUCGAAGCCGGACGUGUUCUCACCUUCGUUUUGUUUCUCGACAGUUGACUUUUGUUCUCCCUCUCCCGGUCGGCCACCGUCUUCUCCGCAACGCACAAAGCGAUUUUGCGUUCGACGGCGGCGCGAUGUUCUUCCGACAUGAAUAGGUUUGAGUUUCAACUCUGUCUCUGCCAUCAUCCCUUUCAUCAGUGUAUACUUGAAAGAAGAUCUCAACUGUCCUGGUUUUGAAGCGGAAUGAGUUUCUUGAGAAAGAAAAAAGAGGCGAAACCACUUUCCCGUCGUCACGACAAAAGGGAAAGGUUUCGCCACGAGAACGGGAGCUCGUUACUGAAGGAGCUGAUUUCGUCUUCUCACGGUGUUUACAAUCCAUUCCGAACGUAUUCUUCCGACGAAAUCCUUAAAGCCACGAACAAUUUCAACGGCAGCAACAUUGUCGCAGUGGAGAUAUUCGUAUGGUACAGGGGCAUGAUCGAAGACCGGCCUGUACUGAUCAAGAAAUGGAAGCAAGAAUCUUUCAGUUCAGACUAUAUCAUCCGCGACAUCGCCAUAUCAUCUAUGACGAGCGGCCACAAGAACGUUCUCAAGCUAUUAGGGUGUUGCCUAGAAUUUCGCCAUCUGAUUCUCGUGUGUGAGUACACGGAUAAAAUGACUCUUCCUUGGAUUGCACGUCCAGGCCGCGACAAUGCGAUAUUACCGUGGCAUAUAAGGUUGAAGAUCGCUAAGGAGAUCGCAAGCGCGGUAACAUAUCUUCACACAACAUUUCCCAGGACCAUAAUUCAUAGGGACAUAAAACCUGACAACAUUUUCUUGGACGAGACAUGGAAUGCAAAGUUGUCGUCUUUCUGUCACAGCAUAUCAAUCCCUGAGGGCGAAUCUUGCAUUUACGAUGCCGACCCGGUUUGCGGAACAGCUGGUUAUGUCGAGCCCGACUACAUCAAAAGCCGUUUGGUCACCGAGAAUUUUGAUGUCUACAGCUUUGGAAUAACUAUGCUUUCCCUCUUGACAGGAAAAUCCGGAGUAACUUGGGUAGAUGGAAAUAUUAUCCGACUCGUUAAUUAUGUCAGACACAAGGUGAUGAAUGGCCGGUUCACUGAACUGAUAGACACGAGCAUGUUCGACAAUGGGAGUGAGGUUUCCGACCAUCAGAUGAUGCAAAUGUCGGCAUUUCUUGAACUGGCAUUGAGAUGUAUCAGAUUCAGACCAGGAGAAGACGUGCCUAAGAUGAUCGAUGUGGCGAAAGAACUCAAGAGGGUAGAAAGAUCUUCACUACUCAAUCAGAUUGCAGAACAAGCCUGA